AUGAAUUUAUGUAAAAUUAGUGACAUUCUUCCGCUUAUUAAUGAUAAAGAAUCAUGUUUAGAACAUAAAUGUGAAAAAGUUCUUGUGCCAGUACCACCAAGUCAAAUAGGAAAAGUAAAAUCAAGUAUUAAACGAAUACUUGAAGAAAGUUCAAAUGAAAUAACAAAAAAAUUAAAUGGUUUUCUACUGGCCAUUGGUAAGAUUCAUCUAUUGUCCAAUGUCGGACAAACAUUUCAAGAUGAACCAACAUUAUGGGUGCCUGUGAAACUUAGUUUUGUGUUAUUUGUACCUGAGCGUGGGAGACGCGUUCGCGCGAUUGUAUCAAAACUUGGAAAGAAACAUAUAGCUUGUCUAAUUCACAGUCGUUUCAAUGCAUCAUUUCAUCGUGAUACAAUACCACCUGUUUAUCAUAAUUUUGUAUUCAAAUUAGGACAACCUGUUCUACUUGAAAUAAUUGAAUGUGAUGUUGUUGACAAAAUUCUUGAUAUAAAAACAACACUUGUAGAAGUAAAAAGAAAAUAA